AAAAUGUAGAUGAACAACAAUGUGGACAUACUCUCAUUAUGUUUUUAAGGCCUACAUUUUUUUAAUCUUUUUAUUUUAGCGGCAGAGGGAAGAAUUUAAAACAGAAUGGGGUUUAACAUUUAAAAUAAAAUAUUAGAUAGCUCUAUUUAAAAUGUGUCUUCGCAGGUGACAGUGGAGAAGUAUCUGUGUGUGGUUGAUUGAGACUGUCAUAACACAGAACAAUGAGUGAAGUCCGGUCGCGUGUUGAGUGUGCUCAGGAGAGUGUGAUCCCGAGUCUCAGCGAGGAGGCCCUGGAGGCGAAGUUCGAGUGCCCCAUCUGCCUGCAGUGUCUGGACGAGGCUGUUCUGACGUCGUGUGGCCACCGCUUCUGCCGGUCGUGCAUCGACAAGUGGCUCCAGCGAGACAGCGAGUGUCCCGUGGACAGCCAGCCCUUGAGGCCGGACAGGGACGUCUUCCCGGACAACUUCACUCGCCGGGAGAUCCAGCAGCUGCUGCGGACCGACAGGCCGGACGCGGAGCGAGAUGAGGAGGCCGGCUCGGUGGAAUGCAGCUUCAGGGAGGUUGGCUGCACUGUGUCGGCGCCCCGGGGCCGGAUAGCCGAGCACUUGGAGAAGGACAUGCAGCACCACUUGAACCUGCUGAGCGUGGCGUACAGCCGGCUGUCGACGGCUCAGCACCAGCAGCAGCUGGCUGCCAAGGCUCAGGAGGCGGAGCACCUGUGGUCGCCUGACCCCAAGCAGCCGUCGGCCACCAAGCCGGAGCCGCUGGCGCUGGUGCGGUCGCUGUACGAGCGCGUGGUGGUGCUGGAGCAGCGGGACCGCGAGCUGGACAUCCAGCUGGCGGGGCAGCGGCGACAGUUCUCGGCCGCCCUGGACGCCGCUACCCAGGAGCUGUCGCUGCGCCACUGCGGCGGCACCUUCGUGUGGCGCCUGCCGCGCUUCUCCGCCACGCUGGCCGCCAUGCGCGCAAGCCCCAGCCGCUGCUCCGAGUACAGCCCCGGCUUCUACACCGCCCCCUGCGGCUACAGGUUCUGCGCGCGGCUGAACCUCUCGCAGAAGGACCACGGCUUCCUGGCGCUGCUGGUGCACCUGACGCGCGGCGACAACGACGCGCUGCUCGCGUGGCCCUUCACGGGCUGCAUCUCCUUCGAGCUGGCCAGCGGCGCCGGGCCGCGCGACAGCCUGCGCGAGAGCGUGGUCACCCGCCCCGACCUGCAGGCCUUUCACCGCCCGCUCGGCCCCAUCAACCCCAAGGGCUUCGGCUACACCGAGUUCGUGUCGCUGGCGGAGCUGGAGGGCCGGUUCCUGCCCGACGACGUGCUCACCGUCCGCCUGUGCGUGCAGAGCGUCAAGUAGGCCCCGCUGCCGUGCCGUGACGACGCUAGCCUCCGGCUGACCGGGACACCCGUGCCUGAGGGUGAGGGACGCAUCCACUCCUGCCGUGGCCCGUUGCAAGGAUCUUGCUCUGACAUCACCAUCUGUAGCUCUCUGGCUGACUGGGACACCCGUGCCUCCUGCUGUGGCCCUUUGCAAGGAUCCUUCUCCAACGUCACCAUCUGUAGCUCGCUGCAUGGAUUUAAAAACCCAUUUUUUUUUGUCAUGAUUGAACACAACACCUAGCUUGGAACUUUUGUUUUAGUCUACGUCAAGCACAACUGUCUGCAUUCGCGCGAAUAAGCCUGUUUAUUAAUACCAGACAAACAAGUAUAAAAAGGAAUUAGAAAUGUAUUCAAAUUCUGCUUUGUCAAGCCAUUAACUUGGAUAAAAAAAAAAAAUUGAAAAUAGUAAUUAAAGCAAAACUUAACUCGGCAAGACGUCAGGAUUGUGACCUGGACUCAAGGCACGACUCCCACCGGAAGCAUGGUACUCUCGAGCAAGUGUGACGUGAGGUGUGUGUACAGUGAUGACAAGAGCAGAUGUUCUGGCUACACUAAUACCCAGAGAGUUUCUCGGGGGAACGUAUUGUUUGGUAAUUGCCGUUCAUUUCAGCUUUACUCGGUUCAAUACGUGUCUUGUGAUUUAUGGAAUACAGUGGCUGUGGAAAGAAGGAAUAUAAAUUAAGAAAUUGUAUUUUUUAAUACAGAAAAAUGUGCUAAUUUACAUUCCAUAUUAUUGUAAGGACCGGAGUUCGUCUUUAACUGUAUUUGUUUUCAGAUCUCUACGAGAUAUUUGGUAUGAAGUAACAGUUCAUUACAAAGUACGUAAUUCCAUUUUUAAGCACUGAAACUGUUUGAUGUUUCAGGUUAGUGUACCUAUGUUAUACAUUGUGUUGGGGCCACAUUGAAACAUCUGGAAAAUGUGUAUUUUUUUUUUCCAUGUAGUUCAACAUUGUUGUAAAAAAUAAAAUAUAUUUUAUUAUAAACAAAA